GUUUAUAUGUCCCGAAUAUAUGAACUUGUGAUUUCGUCACUCGUUUGGACAUUGCUUAGUGAUAUGUCUUUAUACCCUUCUCUCGAAGAGUUAAAAGUACAGCAUAUUAUUGACAGUCAAAGUAAUGGACCUUCAAAUGCGCAGCCUGACUGUCAAAGACCAAUGUCACAAAUUAACCCCGCUCUAUCUGGAAAUUGCAAUAUGGAUAAUAAUAUGUCUUCUUACAACAUUGGUGGUAGACCUGUUACCUGUGGAUCUACAAUAUCUGGCAUUUUUCCUCAAUCCGGUAUGGGCUGUGGGGUCAAUUCAAUGUCAAUUGCUCCUUUUACACCAAGCGGAGCGCUUUGUCUACCGCUUCCAGCACCAUUUGAUUGCGUAGAUAUAAAACCAGGAGUUAGACUUGUUACUCUUUGUAAAAAUGAAUUCGGUAAAGUCGGAAUUCAGCUUAAAGAAAUACAGAAAGGUAUAUUUAUUUCAUUUGUGGAAGGAUUUUCACCAGCUGCACUUGGCGGUGUGCGUUUCGGAGAUCAAGUCCUGGAAAUUAAUGAUAUUCUAGUUACAGGUUGUUCAGGGACAAGAUCAAUGGAAAUAUUGAAAAAUUCAACUCCUAACAACAUAAGACUUGUAUUACGUGACCGUCCAUUCGAACGUGUUAUUACUGUGCAUAAAGAUAGUUUAGGUGCAAUUGGUGUACAUGUUCGUAAUGGUUUAAUUAAAGCAAUUGUUAAAGACUCAAGUGCUGCACGUAAUGGUUUAUUAACUAAUCAUCAAAUUAUUGAAAUUAAUGGACAAAAUGUUGUUGGUUUAAAGGAUAAAGAUUUACUACAACUUAUGGAGGAAUCAAAAACUCCAAUGAAAGUUACGAUUAUACCAAAGACAUUUUAUGAUAAAUUAACUAGAAGGUAAACUUGAAUGGUACCUAAUUGUUGUAUCGUGUGGACUGCAGGUUUUGAUAAGCAGCGUUUAUAUCGAUCGAUUACAGUGGACACGUAAAACACGUAAGGACGACCUAGAGUCCCGAUUGGCCCCGCUUCCCUGUCUAGCCCAGCCAGUUGAGUCUAGAACGCAAGUCACAGCCUCUGAGUUAUGAAUCAUUAUAUUUCAGAUAUACUCUAUUUAUAUACUAACCAAACAGACCACAUCGUACCAUAAAAAUAGAAAACAACAUUUGUACAAUACUUAACGAAUGAAAUAAAUAAUGGCCAAAAGGAAAUGUCCAUUUAACGUCCAAGGACAUCAUUAGACUUAACAUGAUAAUGAUUGGUAUAUUAUUCUGCAUCCGUAACACUAAUAAUAAAACCCAGAACUCAUUUUUUCAUUCUAAUUUACAAUUUUCAAUUGAAUGUACCUACAUUUAAAUGUUGAUGUUUAUAGUAGGACUCAAAACUGGUGUUUUUGUUUCAAAUGCUGGAUGCAUUAUCCAUUUAGUUACUGAGUCCAGGUUACCAUAGUUUUGUGCAAAGGGGAUGAAUCAUUAUUCAUUCUUUUUUAGUGAUUUGAAUCUUUUGAUUCUUAAUAUUAAAGACUACAAAUGAUCAAUCUCUUUUGGUUUAUGUGCAUUCUGAGCGGAUUGUCUUGUUAUUAUUACGAAAUAGUAUGUAUCUUUUAGCAACUUCAAAGCUUUUCUAUUACAACUGUAUAAUUUAAUGGAUCUAAAUAGUAUAGUGUAUUACAUUUAUUACUAAACAGUUAAAGAUAGGUUUUGUUUAUGAAGUGUCAGCUGAUCAUUUUAUCAUUGAACAUAUUUAUGCGUAAUUCAGAAAUCUUUAAUUAUUAGAUAACCUGGACUUAUAGCUCAUAUGGUGGUAAAAAUUAAUGAAUCAAUAAUGUUUAGUUUAAGUGUAAUACUUGGAAAGUUGCGAGUUCUAUGCAUGAUUUUAUGUUAAAUCAAUAUAGAAAUCUGACAUCAGUAAACUUGGACCUGAUAAACAUUAUGGCUAACAAUAAUAUAAACGUGGUAUCAUUCUAUAAAGACACUAACUGUGGAUUCGGUCAUGAAAGAUAAGAAGCUAUAAAAAUAGGUAGAACUUGAUAUGCUCGUUCAUAGGUUGAAGUUAAGACAAUAUAUUAACACAGCGAGAUGCAAUCUAAGUAAUAUUCAUGCUAGUGGUAGAAGGAUACAUUAAGCAUAAGAGAUAUGAUUCGAGGAGAAAACAUGAAUUUAUCGAAUAAAAUUAUUUUUUAAUGGUAAUUUAGAAACUUAAAACCUAAUGGAAUACAAAGAGUGAAUGCACUUGUCCCCCGUUUUUACAAAUUAUCCAACAUGUCGCUCAACACUCCAUCCAAUGAUUAUGAUAAUGUUGAACUUUAAAACUAGAUAGUUUGAACUUGCCUAUAUGGAUUUGUUGAGGUUAAUUUCCUCUAUAUCUGACUCUAAUGAAUGAUAUCCCAUUAACUGAGUAUUUCAAGUAGGCUAAAUCUUCUAGUAGGAUUAUGGAUUUACUCGAGAUUAUUCAGAAGCCUGAACACCAGUUGUAGAGAUAUUUUUAUUGUAUAGCGAGCAAGCACACUGUGAAACCAAGAUAGAGUGUUUGUGUGAGUUAAAAAUCCAUAUAUAUAUUUUUGAGUGUCAAUCAAGUGUGGAUAAAUUACUAGUAUAGGGGUUGUGGAGAUUAUUAAGUUUUUGAUUGAGAUCAUGAACCGACUGAUGUUAGAUCACCUUUGGAAACCAAUCAAUAAAAAAAUGUGGAUAAAUUAUUGAUUAUCUGUAUGUUACGACCAAUAGGAGAAUAGAUUAAGAGUUGAUGUGCAGACACGCACUCAAUCAUACACACACAGAAAUUAACAUAGUGAAUGAAGUGUCUGAAUUACAUUGAGUAGACAAAUAAUACACUAAGUUGAAUGGGCUUGCUACAGAUUACUCCAACUGUUAAUGAUUUAAAAGAGUGAUACGUUUCGGUUUGACCGUUCUUAGUUUUCGUUCAACUUACCCCUUCACCAGUCAUCUGGACUUAUUCAAGUAGGCGGUGGUUAGAUAUAUGUAAUAUAUUUCCUAAUCAUUAUAAUCAACAAAUAUUCAUUAUCUAAUUAUAUAUAGAUAUGACCAUAAACAUAAUUUAUCAACUCAUUUCUUUUCAUUUGAAUGUUAUAGUCUUCCAACUGGACAAUUACGAUUACAAAUGGAUCGUUCAUUACCUUUUGUUUAAAUAUACAUAUAACAAUUAAAGAUAUUUCUAUUCAGUAUUUAUUUUCAUUAAAUUAACAAUGUGAUAAUGAUCAUGAUAAUGAUGUUAUGAUCCGAAAUAAAACGAUGGAUUCAUUGAGAUUUAUCGUCCUUACUGAAUUUGUUCGUGAACAAUUCAAUGAUCUUCUUUCACUUAUUUCCUUUAGUUUAUUCUUCCAAAAAAAAGUGUUUCUAUAUGAAUUAUUUUGCAUGAUUGUUAACAAUGAUGUUAGUAAUAAUGGGAAGUAUUAGGAUAACACUGAUAAUUGAUUAUAGUUAACAUUGAGUACAAACAUACCCAAGUAUUAUUACCAUUAUUAUUAUUAUUAUUGUCAUAUCAUUUCUAUCGUAUUGAUGACAAAAUAGAGAGUAUUUCUCAUUUCACUGUUUGCUUCUCUAUUCUUGAUUUUUUCAUUUUUGUAAUUUUUCUCUUCAUUAAUCUCAGUAAAUUAUCAUUGAGUUAUG